AUCCUGCAGUACUUGCCUGGGCAGAUAUACGGUCUAUGGGCAGACACCGGGCAAACUCAGCUGUCAUCUGACUCGAUGUUAAAGAUGGCAGGAAACAAGUCUUAUACAAUAGUUGAAUACUUCGGCGGGGAUAGCGGUUACCGGUGUGGUUACUGUAAAAAUGACGAAGGAAACUUUUCUCAUGGGAUGUGGUCUCACACCAUGACUGUACAGGACUACCAAGACCUCAUAGACCGAGGGUGGAGAAGAAGUGGGAAAUAUGUCUAUAAGCCCAAACUGAACAAGACCUGCUGUCCACAGUAUACCAUCAGAUGUCAUGCACUGAAAUUCCAGCCUUCCAAAUCCCACAAGAAAGUCAUGAAGAAGAUAAGCAAAUUCAUUUCCAAAGGGGAGUUGCCAAAAGGAGAGGAUGAUGGGGAGCCAAUGGACAAUGGAAUGGUGUGUGAAGAAGCAGGUCCACGGGAACCGAGUAAAGUCUGUCACUCAGAAGUUAAGUGUGCUGCUAUCACAGACAUUCAGAAGGAACUACCAGAGCGUGCCGACGUCACUGAAGUUGAGAAAGCGGUAGCGGAUGCCGUAGCUACCGAAACAUUGGGAACAUCAAGAAAAGAUCCGGUGUCUGUCGCAGAUGAGAGAACAACAGCCGCAGCUCCAAAACCAGGGAUGGGAGCUGAUCCUGGCCGGCCGCCAUGUCGGAAGGCCAAAGACUUGAGAAAGGAACGACGUCUUCAGAAAGAGCAGAUUAGACAGGCUGACGGGGUCUCUUCUAUUGUCUCUCCUACCCCACCCGCUCCGGCCCAGCCCAAGCUACCCAAAGCCCUGGAAGAUUUCGUCAAUGAGUCAUUGCCUGAAAACUCUUCGCAUUGCCUUGAGGUGAGGCUAGUGCGCUCCAAUCCCCCUAGCCCGCAGUUCAAAGCCUCGUUCGAUGCCUCCUACCAGGUGUACAAACUCUACCAGAUGGCCAUUCACAAGGACCCUCCUGACAAACCCUCCGAGAGCCAGGUGAGGCUAGUGCCGGUCAACUUUGAGGACCCUCAAUUCACAGCGUCCUAUCAGCAGUCGGUGGCGCUGUACGCCCGCUACCAGAUGGCCAUUCAUGGUGAUGACCCCAGCGAAUGUAGUGAGAGCGAGUUCCGGAGAUUUCUCUGUGAUUCACCACUAGAGGUAUGUAUUUCCUUUGGGCUGUUGACAGUUUCAACCACACCAACUGCAUGCAUAUGUGUGUUUUCUGAAAGCCUGAGCCUUUUUUUCCAGUGCCUCUCUGAAAAGGUGUGUCUGUUUGUUUCCUGCCACAGGGAGAUCGCUUUCACCAGGCAGCUGCAGAAACAGUCCCCCAAGCUGUCCUACUACUACCUGGGCUUUUAUAUUCACUCCUGUCCCAAGAUGCGGUAUAAGGGGCAGUACCGGCCUUCAGAUCUCCUGUGCCCUGAAACCUAUGCCUGGGUACCAAUAGAGCAAUGCCUACCCAAGCUGGAGAACUCCCGCUAUGCUCGUUUCAACCAGGAUCCUGAUGCAGGAGAUGCUCGGGUGCUGAAGGAUGUGGGCCGAGCUCUGGUGCUAUACAAACGGGCCGUCAUGCCCUACGCAGCCUACACCCGCAAGCGCAAAGGCUCCAGCGACGAGACGGAGGUGCAGCAGUACGCCGGCUUGGUUGGCCAGGACUGUGCAGAAAGGAUCUUGCUUUACCGCUCCUAAACAUUACAGCGUCACACCACUGCACCUUUUUAAUAUACAUGAAUACACACCUCCCAGCAAUGUCUGUGUGUUUUCUGUUAAUGUAUGUCUGUGUGUCUUCUCACUGUGUGUGAAAGUGCUUUCUGCUGCUGCUCCCAGUAGUCUCACCACGCUUAGCUUUACACAGGCUGGAACAAUGCAGUAGCAGCUCACUAUCUAUAUAUGUGUCCAUUCACCCACUGGCCUCAUUCACGUUUAUCCAUCAAUGAAUCCUGCAGUAUCUAUUCUCAGUUUAGUUCUUCCGCAUCCUUCGGUUUGAUUCGACUCCCAUCAGGGAUCGGUUAUUUUGAUAUCGUGUGUUCAUCACUUUGAUUUUUCCAUCCUCUGUACACUUCAGUUAUGCUGUUCCUGAUGAUGAUGCUCCACACAGGCGACAGCUCUCUUCUGAACUGACACACAUUUAGAUGUACGUCAGCGUUGCCACUUGAAGAGCAUGUGCUACUUUGAAUGUUCAGUGAAGUUGGUCCUUAGUUGCUUACAUUAUAUCCCCAAACUUCACUUACUUUUUUUUUUUUAAUCACCGGGUUUAUUUGACCCAAAGAACUCUGUUUUCAAUGUUUUUGUCUGCAAUAUUUAUAGCUUCAUUUGCUUUUCUUUUAAUAUUGACACUUUUAUUUUUGGUUAAACCAAAUAAAAAGGUUGUAUAUUCCCUG